AUGGUAAUUGAGCAAGUUGUCUUGAUUUCCUUCCAACGUUCUGCCAGACUCCUGUCCCUCGUAUUCACGCCCCCCCUCCCCCCAGACCCGACCGAGGUCCCGGCCCUGGAGCUCCGCAACCGGCAGGAGCUGCGAGUGCAGCAGCCCCGGCCCGACGGAGCGCGGACUGAGGUCGUGGUCUCCAGCGACGACUCCAUCCUGCCUCCCGACGGCUUCGGCUGCGACGAAGUGGGCGACGGGACGUGCGCGCACCCUGUGGCCGUCGCCGACGACCUGGACGGCUUCGACGUGACGCUCGUCGUGCUGGACGACGAAGGUUACGUCACGGCGUCGCUCGCCGUGCCCUUCGAAGGUGCUCUCCUUGGCUUUAUGGUUGUUGUUGCUGGCAUUCGCCGCGACAAAUGCUUGUUUAUAAUUGUUAUUUGUUUAUUUCAAGUUCAGAAGUGCUACGGCUUUUCAUUCUCAUUUUGCACGGCGUGGCCGCGCUCUCGCUCUCCCAGGACGUCCUGCAGGUGGCGGUCGACCCUCGAUCGGGGGGCGCGUACGAGGUCACGCUGGCCGGCCCCUCGCCCCCUCCCGCGGCCACUCUGGAGUGCAAGCUGGGUCACCGUGUCGUGUCUGGUUCGCUGGGGUGGACGCGCCCCCGCGGACCGUCAGGAAGGGUCCAACGCCAUCUAUGAGGCUACAUCAGGCCCGCCUCCCCCGGCGUCCCGGGUCGAGCGCCUGACCUCGCGCGACGCCGAUGCCAGGAUGGACGUCGAGGUGGCGAGCGACCAACCCGUGACCCGCGCCGACCUCGUGACCUUCAGCAGCGACGUCGCCACGGACGCCGACUGCGAAAGCCUCGCGGCGACGCCCUCGAAGUCCGGCUACUCCGUGGCUGCUUCCUCGCGCGGCGCAGGAGACUGGAACUUCUUGGUCGUGGGAUACGACGACGACGGGGCCCUGCUGGAGGCCGGCCGCGCGCACGUGACCCUCUCAGACAUAGACUCGCGGGUGGGCGUGGUGGGCGCCGCCCUAGGCUCCCCCGACGCCUCCGUCAGGGUCGACGUCGGGAGCCAAGAGAGCGUUGCUGUCGAGGGCUUCGGGACGUGCGCGAAGGCGGACAGUCCCUGCUACUUCCUGACGGAGGCGCUGACGGAGGGAACUCUCAGGCACUGCGUCAGCAUCACCAAUUCGGCAGCAGAGAGCAGUGAUGUCUUCCAGUGUGACGAGUCUUUCACGCCCUUUAAAUCAAUGGACCAAGAACCAAAGGUAGAGUUGGUCGACAGAACUUCCUUGAAAAUUAUUCCAGAGAUUCCAAUUUUGGAUCAUCUCGAGCUGGUGGUUUUCAACCCGCAGACUGAUGACCUUCUGAGUAAAGCAAGUCCGCUGUGCACUCAAGAGCCCGACGGAUCUUGCAGCCAAGAGGUAGACAUUACGGAAGGACUUGAGUACUUCAAUGUGCUUGUUGUGGUGGUGGACACGGAAGGGGGGACACAAGAGUCUGUUCUUUCUUCUUUCUAUGACUUCAUGACCCGCGUCCAGCCCUUCAACACUGGCACUGACCUCGAAGUCCGGUGGCGAACCUCCAGCGAACAGACCUUCAGCGUCAGCAUUGAGGACGACGUCUCGGGUGGCUUCACAAAGACAUCCGUGACAUGUGGACAGGAUCUUAGGACAUGCAAAGCUUAUUUCACCGAGUUGAAAGCAGGAGCAGUUCAGAAAGUGAAGGUGACGAAAGAUAAGACAGCCGUGUCGGUCUCCGUUCAGCCAGGCCAAGAUGUCACGCCCCUUUCCAUCGCACGGAUCUCCAAAGUCUCAACAUCGCUUCCUCAAGCGCAGCUGACGAUCUCGUCCGACGUACAAGUCGCAGGGGUGACGUACCUCGAGUACGUGGUGAUCGAACCCCCUGUUGGCAGCGAGAUUGUUCAACACAUUGCCUUCGCAGACUUCAGUGACGUCAUAGACGCAGAAAGCCUCGUCACAUUCGAAGACGUCGAGGCGCCGAAGACGGGCGUCGAAGUGACGGUGAUGGUCAUUGCGCACGCGGAGGGCGGCGAGGACUCGGACGCCCUGGCCUUCGGGAAAGCCCUGGUUGUAUUUGAGGAGAUCAAGCUCCCACAGAUGACGAAAGUUGGAACAGAGGACUUCCAGUCCCUCAGAGUGAAGACGGGAGAAAUGGAUGUCGAAGUGAACGGUUUCCUGUGUCCAGCCAGCACAAUCUGCUACUAUUUGGAGCCAGAAAAUAUCAAUGAGUCUCCCGAAGUCUGCAGGGUGGCCAGCCCGACCCUUGAGCAGUGUGACAUGACAGCAGCUUACACAGAGUCAGACGUUCUGAUCAGUCCGUCGGUUCAGCUGAGCUUCACCGGGGCGCCUGAGGAGGACCUGAUGAUCACCGCUGAAUUUUCCGAAACGUCGCUCACAAUGGAAGCGAAACUCUACACAAGCUCGGAGGAUCUGACAGAGAAACCGCUAACCUGUGAGAUCACAGGCCGGUCUCCAAAGACCUGCACAUUUAAGGUUGAGCCAAAAGAUACGGAAUUUAAGAUUUUGCUGAUGGCGUUAGAUUCUGCAUCAACUGUGGAUGAAUCGACCGUUGUGGAAUUUGAAGAUUUCCAGACACGCAUUCGACAACUGACAUCGGAAGCCAUCGAAGUCCGUUGGCGAGCUUCACAGAACCAGGAAUACGACGUCGAAAUCGUUCCUGAAAUUGAAGGCAAACGCAGCAACAUUUCAGUGUUAUGUGGAGGUGUGAAGCCCGAAGACAGCGACCUGUGUUGGGCUCCCUUCAUGGCUUUAGACUUGAAUGAGAAAUAUACGGCGAGUGUGAGAACGAGAAACAGCGAGAAAAGGGUGUCAGCGACGGUGCAGAUGGAGACUCUGCUGGAAACAAUAGAAAUAACAGACCUGACCGUCGCCAAGAGAGAAGACACGAACACUGAACUGACCGUGUGCUUCAUCGAGAACCAACUCCCAGAAAAGACUCCUAUAGAAAAGGAAAGCCUUCUGUACAAGUUAGUGACAGAGGAUGCCAAUGGCCUACAGUUGCGGAUGACGUCCAGCCUCUCUCCUGCGUCCAUCUCCGUUGUCGAGGGGAAGCCGUGUCUCGGUCCGCUCCCUCUCGACUCCGACUUCGACUUGACAGACAAGGUCCGGAUUCUCGUGACGCGGGAGGACGUCGGGACUCACGAAGUCGCAGCUGGAGAUGUUGAGCUGUUCCUUUUGGACCCCGACCACGUGGACGUGAGCCAAGUGGGCGCGGAGACCCUGCGGGCGAAGUGGACCAACAGCAACGGCGCCCCCAGCUUCGAGGUCGGGACGGGCGUGGGCGACCUCUCCUCCGUGCAGUGCGGCGUUGGAGGAGAGUGCCUUCGGUACCUGCACGCGAACGGCACGAGCGAGCCAGUUACGGUGUUGCUGAGGGAGGUCGGGUUCAGCGUGACCCAGCAAGUAGAGCUGACACUCACGAUGAUGGGUUUACCAGACCUCACUAUAACCAAGGCGGACUUCACCUGGAACGAACGUCUGCGAGUGUGUUUUGAGUCCGACUUGAAGGACUCGCUUUACCUCCUGGCCUUGGAGGACGAGGAGGGCGACGUCCAGGAGUUCCCCCAGCUUCGCCCCUACGUGGAGGACGGCCUCACCUGCGUGUUGAGCAAUGACGCGAUACAGGAAGAAGGAUACGUGGUAUUGUGGACUCUCUUAACAGCCUACGACGUCUCUGGUGCAGAAGUGCAAGCCUCUGGGAGUACUAGCGUCGCUGACUUUUUCCUGAACCCCAGAAGCAAAGUCAGCGCGGCCUUGAACUCCGACACGCACGGCCUCCUCGUGUCCUGGUUCCUCCUCGGCGACCCCAGCAGCAUCAGCUCCUACGACGUGGCGCUCGAGGAGACCGCGGCAGGAGGCAGCAACAAGCCGGUGACCGUAGGAAACACUGAAUCGUCCCUCGUCUUCAGCGACACGACGCCGGGACGCUACUCCGUGUGCGUCGCGGCAUCUGUGGAGGAACAUAACAUGACCAGCGGAAGAGUGUGCAGUGCUAUUCUCUCCAUACCUCAGGAGGAUGUCACAGUUCCCGAAAUAGAGGAAAUGGAGCUGAAAUCCUCUGGGCAGCAGAAGGUCCUCGUAACAUGGAAGAAACCCCAAGUGGAUGUCUCCAGCUACGUCGUUACGUGGGCGAAGAGCACCUCCCAGAGAUCUUACUACUCCUCCUUCUCCUCCUCCUCCUCCUCUUCUUCUUCUUCUUCUUCCUCUUCUUCCUCCCUGCCCCGGCCUCUUAGCUUAAUAAGAGCGGCCACUCCACGAGCUCAAAAGGCCCAAGACCUGAAUUUCCAAAUUGUUCCAGCAUCGACCCACAGCCUAGAAGUUGGGGUCGUGGAUUCUGAGAUGCAUAUGGUAUGCGUCAGUUCAGUCAAGAGCGACGUGAUGGGAUCCCAAACCUGCAGUACAGUAAAUCAAGGGGACUACCAGCCACUCGACACUCCGAAGGACCUGACCCAUAAGGACGAGGUGCUCCGCUGGGCUGACGUCCCCGGGGCUGCGUCCUACCUGGUGGAGUGGCAAGCUGACUACGAGGGCGAACUCUCGGAAGGAGGUCUGGAGGAGGUCAACAACACGAGCUGGCCGACGCAGGACCUUCCUCCGGGGGCGUGGGUGGUGGAGGUCAGGGCGGCGUCGGACACGAGUGUGAGCGAGGCCGCGAACAUCAUGAUAACGAAACCGGGAAUCGUGAUCGACCGAGCCACACAGACGAACAACAGCCACCUGGAGGUCAGCUGGUGGGAAGAGCCCGUUCCCUCCUGCGGACAAACCCCCUGUGAAUACACCCUCACCCUUUAUAACACGAGGGCCAACUACAUACACUCGUGCUCGGGACAAAGGGGAGACUGCACGAAGCUCCUCGACUUGGAUGGAGCGCCAGAAAUCGCGGUGAAGGUGGAGAGAAGCUCGACCUCCAACUUGGUGAAACGGAGAGUCUAUGAUUUCCCGGCCGUGUCCGAGCUGCGCCAGCGCUUCUCGUCGGGCGGCGAGGAGGUGGCGCUGUCGUGGGCGCCGACGGAGGGCGCCAGGCUCUACAACGUGACCCUGUUCGCCGACGCCGCCCUCGCCUCCGUCAGGAAGGCCGAGACGAUCAGCCGGGAGGCAUAUACUUUGACGGGAAGCAAUCUGGAAGGCAGUGUGUUCUCAGUUCAACCUUGCGCAGAUGAAUACCACUGUGGCGACCCUCUGGCUGCCACAAUACAGGAAGAUUCAGAUAAUCCCCCGACAGAUGACAGUGUUGUCAUCAUCGUCUCAGUCGUCGGCGGUCUCGUGGCUGUCAUCUUCAUCGUCUCCUUCGUGAUACUUGCUGUGAGAGAAACAGCCAAGGGUAAAAAGAGAGACAGGAGGCGUCAACAGGAAGCAGCUGCUAUGUCGGGCCCAGUCUACAACGAGUGGGGAGCGAGGCCUCUGGGUCGAACAGUCCAACUACCACUUCAGAGAAGAUAAAAGCAGACAACCAGGUGUUUUGAUCAAUUGCGUCUUUUAACAUAUUUUUCGAACGAUACAAGUUGAAUAUUAGCUUUAUGGGGGGAAAAAAUCCUUUUUUUUCUUCUUCUUUUUUUUUUAAUGCACGCUUGACAGACAUGUUUGUGAGUAUGUUUAAGAGUAAACAACCGUUGUUUUCCCCACAAGGCAAAUAACGGGAAAUUAAGGGGUUGUCUUAGAACUAAUUCAAAUGUCUUAAUCAUCUUCGUAGAUUGGUCUAAGCAACGUAAAAUGGCCAGCCUACUUUGCACUAGUUGGGACCAAUCAUCAGUAUACUAGUUAUGGUGCAAUUAACUUUAACAGUAUAGGUCUUUCUUGGACCUUGUGUGGGAAGUGUCCCGUAUUCACUCGUAUCGCAUUUUUAACUCUAAGUGUUAUAUUUAUGUCGUGAGAUUAUGAUAAGGUAUAUGUAUUUCAUUUGCAUCUGUAAGUGGGGAAAAUUGUAUAAAAAAGUAUAUAUCAUCAUGUACAUACCUAUGUCUAUAUGUAUAUGCAUAUACACAAACAUACGCAUGUACGCAUACAUACUUAUAUAUCACCUAUGCACUUAACUUCACGAAAAAAAUACCAUAAAAAAUGUUAUUUCAAUAUUAUUCAUGAGGAAUAUUCGCCACAACUUUCUUGUAUUAGGAGCAAAAUUGUACUCAGAUUAAUUACCAAUGUAAACGUAUUGUAGAAAAUCAUUAUAUUUUAUAAUAAACAUUUCAUCACACGG